AUGAAGCGAUUUUUACAAGGUUUUUCGAGCGCAGCGAGUCCCUACGUUGGCAAGACAUUUCGAUUUGGACGAGUCGAAUGCACUGUCGAAGAUCAAAUCGCCGAAGGUAAUGGCUAAAUUUCUUGUUGAAUUUUGUUUUUAUAUUUAGGAAUACGUAGUUUAUAUGGUGUAACUUGCUUCAAACGGCAAUAUCGUACCCAAAGGCUUGCUUAUAUUGGUGUUUUGAGUUAUUAAAAUAUAUUUAAAUGACAAGCUGAAAUUAAACCUCGGAAACAUUCUAAUUUUGUUCGGCAUGGCCAUAAUAUUCAUAUCAUUAUACGCGUUGAUUUAAACGUCGUAUUAAAUAUUACUAAUAUGCACAAUAGAAUAGGUGGUUUAAGAAAUAGCUUCAGUUUAAUGAUGGUUUAAGAAAUAGCUUCAGUUUGACUAAAUUGCUAAAAUGGUCAAUUUCCCCAUAACAAGCAUGUUUAACCUUCCUGCAAAGACUAAUUAGAGAAAUUGACGUUUACUGCAAGCGACAAAUUACAUUUGAAGGUACGUUCUACAAGUUUUCGGCAGCGAAGUAGCUAAAUCAUGUUUCAACUUUGAUGCACAGUUUGUAUCGAACUUCGAACAGCUAACGGUUGACCUCAAAAUGCGAUUUGAAGUUUGCGGUUAGCGGUCUGCUGUAAACAUCGAUCCUAUAACUUCGCUAUUAUACCCACAGUUUCAAAUGCUUGCCUGAUUACGGACAAUGCAAAUUUAGAGAAAAGGCCAUUGGGUAUGAGCCAAGGAGUAUGUGGCAUUACAGCAGCUUGGCGUUGUUUUUCUCAGCCAGCUGCCAAAUUAUAUUGGGUUAUGUCAGGGUUCCCAAUAUAGUUUGGAGUGGGAAGCUUUUUUUUUAAAGAAGCCAGCAGCCGAAGGUACCGCCCACCUAGAGGGGGUCUCAGGGCGGCUCUCUGUGAAGAUUCUGAAAUUUAGACCCCUUCGAUUGUUUUGGAAAUUUAAUCAUAUUAGGCAUGCAGUUGCGAUAUUGAAAAAAAUCGAUAUACCGAUAUCGAAAAAAUAUCGACUGUAUCGAAUUAUGCAAAUGAGAAAAUGUAAUUUGGUCAACUUGCAUGUAUACGCAUCACAAACAGUUAAAAAGAAGUGCAUGAAACCAGUCAUGGUACGUCUCAAAGACUUAUUAACAACAACUUAUCCGUUUAUGAAAGUUUAAAGAUAUAUUUACUUGUAACCCUAAUGGUUUCACAGUACGAUUGUUUGCGGACUUUGUCUAAACUUCACCAGUGAAAACAAUAAUUGCCGAAUAAUCGGAGAUUAAGUUGUUUAAUUACAACUUUCGAUAUUUUCGAUAUGCGAAAAAACGAACAUCGAAUAUCGAUAUUUUUGAAAUAUCAAUAUUUAUCGAAAAUAUUGAUAUAUCGCAACUGCCUACAUCAUAUAUCCAAAACAUUUAACGAAGAAUAUCGUGUAAAAUGUUUUAAAAGCAUGAAAUCCUUCCCUUGACAUUUCUGUGGUAAGAAAGAACCUAUGGAAAAUGUUACUUUGUCCAUUGUCAGAGAAAAAUUGACAAAUGCCUAACCAAUUUUUGAAAAGGCCAGAUAUCUGUCCUUCCAAGCAAAAUAAUUAUUUUUCAGUUUUGUAAAAUUUUUAGAAACUGAAGAUAUUGAGUAAAACUGAUUGUGAAUUUACUUCAAACUUUAGGUGGAUUUUCUCUCGUGUUUGUUGUGAGAGCAAGCAAUGGCAGUCACUACGCCCUGAAACGCAUUUCAGUCAACAACAGAAAAGACCUCGAAGUUGGAAAGCAGGAAAUCUCAAUUAUGGUAUGGAACGUAGACAUUUCGAGCGAAAGCUCUUGAUCGGGAAACCACUAACUUCCCAAGCACAUGAAAAUGAAACUGUUGGGGCAAAAGUACAAUGACACCACAGCCAGAAGAUUAUGUAGUUACACCCGUAACCUACACCGUACACUCACUAAAAACUAGCCUGCGAACAGGCCCGCAAGGUGAAAUGAGAGCCUGCAUCGAUGACUAAUGAAUUUGAAUAUCUGCGUCUCAAAUCGUGACGCGGAAUUCUCAUUGGUCAGAUGCUAUAAUUUAUAUGUUUCCGCUGAGCUCUAUAUAUGUCAACUGCUGAAGCACUAUGCAUAAAAAACACAUUAACUGAUCAAAUUGGUCUUGGCCGUCUUAUCUCAAAGCACAAAAUGUUCUGUUUUAAGAAAACAGUAUUUAAAACAUUUGAACUUUUGCUUGAAUAUCUUAUAUUUCGAAAAACAGUAUAAACUGUACGGUCUAAAUUUAGUUUGCACGGUCUAAAUUUAGUUUACACGAAAGUUGUAAACAACACCAUAUAAGGAUAGACAUUCCAUAUUUGGAAAAACGAACGUUACGGGGCAGAUAUUUAAGAUUGUAUAUCAUCAGUGCUGGCUCUCAUUUCACUUUGAGAGACUGUUCGCAGACCAGCUAAAAACCAACUCUAUUUUCUUGUAGAAAAAAUUGUCAAGCCACAAAAACAUCAUCACAUACAUUGAUUCUUCAAUCACAGAAGUGAACUCUGGCAUCUUUGAGCUACUCAUCCUCAUGGAAUAUUGUCGAG